AUGCAAGGUCUCGCUGACGUCAACCCUGUCCAUACUCUCUCUCUCUGUGGUAUGACUUGCAUGCGCAUCAAAGACUAUGAAUGGAUAUGCAAAGUUGUUGAACGCGCCGAGCGUGGAGACAUCAGCAUCACCAGUACGUCUUUGCUCGUGACCGGGGAUGAUGACGACAGCCAGUCUGUGUCAUCGAUAUCGUCGGUCGAGGAUAGCGAAGACUCGGAGGAGGAACCGUUCCGUUUCAUGGAGUAUGAGUUCCUUCCUCGUCCUGAUAAAGUCAGCAGGAUCUACGGGGAGACCUACUUUUCUGGGGCGAACGAUCAACCAGAGAAGACCCAGCUCAUGCUGUGGUUGGAGCCGACCUACUUGAAGCAAACUCCACAACCGUCCAUUAUGCUCACCUCCUACGCCCAUUUUGUCGACAUAAACGGCGCUGUGCCCGGAGUACGUGUCGGCAGCGACAUGCGCGUAUACCAGAAGUUCAUGCCGAUCGCUCACCGUCUUGCCGUUAUGGAGAUGAUGGUGAUAGCAAAGGGCUGGAUGUAUGUGCUCGUGUUCGUCUACGGAGAUGAGUAUGGGGAUGAACCCAACAUAGCGGACAAGAUGGCCGUGCUUCGUGUACCAGCGGAGCUGACGGGACGUCCCAACGAGCAGUAUGAUGACGCGCUGGAGAUAGACGCAGAAGAAGUAGGAUGGUUACACAUAGGCGAAGAGAAUAAGUUUGAUGUCGCGGUUACCUUUCCUUCUUCUCAUCCGUUUACCAUUGUCGACACUAUUGUUUAUGACAUACCCGACACUAGUAUGGAGCCUGAUCUGGCUGUUGUCAGACGCGGUGCGAAGGUGGACGUACAGAGAAAUUCAUUAGCACCGAUUGACUUUCAAUACUACAUCGAUCUUGAGCUACUUCAAAUACUUCGAUCCUUCAUCAACCUAUAUGAACCUUCCAACUUGAUCACCGUUACGCACUGGCCCGUGUGCGGGGUUCUUGGUACUUUCCCUCUGAGGAUACUGUAUUCCGGUCAAUCGUGUCUUUCGGCUUCCUUCAAGAGUCUUUCCUUCUACCUCGUAAGAUACCAACAGUUCUGGUUUAGCCUUCGGCUUGGUCAGCAACAUGUCAAGUACGUAGCGCUUGUCAUGUAUCUGUCAACGCCAACGGCUAACUGGGAAGAACGCUCAGCGCGCAAGCUCAUCAUGGGAAAGGAGACGCUGGCUCCCCGCGAUAACCCCGAUAGCCCGUUCAGCUCGAGCCAGUUUCUGUUGCCGUCGUUCAGACAUGACUACAUCUUUAACGUGGAAUACUCUGACUCUGAUCUGUGGCGGAAUAUGCCCGGCGCCUUCCCCGGUCUUGACAUCGAUAUCACCACCGACAUGUUCCCGAUGUGCGCUUCAUGGUGGAAGGCGAGCGUUGGGCCACUACUCGCGAGAUCCCCCGCGGAGCUCAUAUUCGUGUCGACGGUCAAGGGAGAUGAGUCGACAGGAACGGUCACGCGAGUAGGUCUUCUCAGAGUUUCGGUCAUGUCUGUACCGAAGGAGUAUCAGAACGAGAACCUGGGAGAACCGACAAUGGGAGAGAUUGAGGCUGGUGACCUGUCAUACUGGACAAGUCACCACCAACCUCCGAUACAAGAAUGUGUCCGAUUGGCGUUCCCAAAAUCGUAUACAUUCCCGUCGGCGAUGAUGUACGAUUUCAAGGUCCUUCGUCCUGUCGCAUGCCUCCCUCAUCUUGUGCCUCACAUUCUUGCCUCAUCACCACCGACUUCGACCACCUCGGAAGCUCGACGUUUGUUAACCACUACUACCGUUCACCGCCCAAGUAGCGACCGAAUCCGCGGGCACCAAACCACGUCUCCGAUCCCUAGAAGGGCUGACGACAGACCGUCGACGACCUCGUUCACUUCUGCACCUGCUGCAUCGUCGAUUAAAGAGAACCUCACCCACCCGCCUUCUACCAAUCCUAAUCCUACUCUCCACAUACGGGACGCUCAACUUGACCCCAUGUCCUCUUCUACUCAGAAGUUCACAUCACCAUACACUCCUGCACGAGAAAUCUGUCCACUCCCUCGUCGACAUGGUACGACACAUCCCUCUACUUCUUCUCUUCAGCCGCCCGUGGAGACGACGGCUUCCUCCCCUUCUACUCUGGAGCACCAUCCUACCUUUCAUCGACAAGGCAUGGUCCACCCUGUAAUUAUGUCAGGCUACGAUGGCAGGCCUGGUACUUCGCGGGGUAGAACUCCGAGUGCUGCGUGGUUCACAUCGGUCAACGACGCCAAUUCCGGCUACAUGCUUAUACCUCACGCCAAGUAG